CUGUUCCAAGUUUCUCAAGCUGAUGUUUUCAUUUUUUUCUCUGAAUGUUUUGAUUGUUUUUCUUUUCUCGUAAAUUUUUAUUCAUUUUUUUUUGUUCCCUUUGUGGUUCAUUUAAAUUGAUUAUUGAUUAAAGUGAUCUAAUUUAACGAUCUUGGUGUGGAUCCUCGUUGAAACCCAUCUUGGUGGUCUUCUAAUAUGGGUUGUUGCUGUGUGAAGAUAAAAAAUGAAGAGAGACAAGAGUUGGAGGUAUCAACAACACAGAAUAACCAGAGUUUACUGAAUGGGAGAAACCUGUUGCCUCAAGUGAGAAAUAGUGAUGCUAAUAAAUUGUGUAUGGUAAUUGAUUUGGACGAAACAUUGGUCCAUAGUUCUUUUAGGUCUAUCGAUAAGGCCGAUUUUAUAGUUCCUGUUGAGAUUGAUGGUACUUUACAUCAAGUUUACGUUGCCAAGAGGCCUUAUGUUGACGAGUUUCUUCAAAAGAUGGGUCAACACUAUGAAUGUGUCUUAUUUACCGCCAGUCUAGCCAAAUAUGCCGAUCCAGUGGCCGAUCUCUUGGAUAAAUGGAAUGUUUUUAGAGCCCGACUUUUCCGAGAAUCAUGUGUUUUAUAUCGUGGCAAUUAUGUGAAAGACUUGCGAAAAUUGGGCCGAGAUUUAAGUAGAGUUGUAAUUGUUGACAAUUCUCCAGCUUCAUAUAUCUUCCAUCCUGAUAAUGCAGUGCCUGUUGCCUCCUGGUUCGAUGAUGAUUCUGACACAGAACUUCGGGAUUUGAUACCUUUUUUUAUCGAUUUAAGUACAUGUGAUAAUGUAUAUAAAAAGCUUCGAAAUGCCACUAAUUCGACAAAUAACUCAACUUUAUCAAACUUAACAUCAUCUCAAAACGACAGUACCAAUGUCCCAUUUAGUGUGUAACAUUAAAUGUGUUCAUCUUUGUGAUAAGCACUUCAGUCUAGAGUUGUCAAAAAGAAAGAACUAAAAAAGAGAAAAUAACAAAAAAUUAUUAACAAACACCAAUUACCCAUAACACAAACAAACAAACACUAUGUAAAUCACACCAUCAAGUGCAGUAAAAUCAUUAAAUCAUUGCGACAACCUCUUAAA